GAAACGAAAAAAAAAAAAAAAAAAUAAUAAUAAUAAUAAUAAUAAUAAUAAAGAAACGUUUUACAAAACUGUUACUCAAAAGAUCAUCUGGAAAGUCUUCAAAUAAAUUGUAUACAACAUGGAAACGUUUUACGAUGGUGACCUUAAAGACAUAUGGGAUUCAGAUUUAGAUCCGACUGAUACGUUGAAAUUGUCGACAGACAGCGAUAUGAAUGAUUGGUUCCUUGAAAGAGACGUAAAAGAUGCUACUGUCAUACUCAACGAUAAAUUAAUAUCAGAUGCAUUGCUCAACGGAACUCUACCAAUCAAAUCGGAACAUUCGUACAGUUUAAAUAGCGAUGGAGACUCAUUACCCGAUUCACCCGGAAGUCUCCAUACCAAAAUGGAUGAUAUGGAGGAUGAAUGCUAUCCAGCCAUUUCCUUAAAAACAGUUACUAGUAAUAUAAGAGGCCUCACUGGAGCUACCAUCGAUCCCAAAUAUUUAAACAUCUCAACCAGCUCAUCACUAACAAGUAAUUCUUUACCGACUAAUAAUACAUUGACCGGAUUCAAUCUGCAAAGCAUGAUGAGCUCAACGGCUUGUAGUGCAACUUCGACAUUAACCAGUACCGCAAAUUCAAUGUCAUCUGCAGGCGGCUGUCAGGCAUCGAACAGUUUGUAUGCUGGUCUAUGCAAAAUAACUUCAACUCCUAUUGCGCUUGGUCUACGUGGUUGCUUAGACAAUGCUCAGAAUUCUGCGGAUGCCAAAUUAUCAAUCAAUAAACAGCCUGCCCUACAAUUACAACAGCAGCAGCAACAGCAGCAGCAGCACCAACAAUUGCAGCAACAUCAAUAUCUACCUCAAGAUGAGCACUCCUCCAUGAUGGACAAUGACUGUGGUUCGAGUAUUUCUUCAAGGGAAGGCAGCCAAUCACCAGAUAUCUGCUCAGAUAUAGAAAUCGAUGAAUCCUGCAUCAAAAAUGAACCUCUGUCGCCUGCUUCAAGUUGUUCCCCCACACCCGAGAUCACUGAUGGACAAAUCAAAAACAACACAAAUGGCACUUUAAGCUUAACAAUGGCUAACAUGGCAGCUUUCACCAAUUCCGAUUUAGUAUUUGAACAUAAGAAUGGUUGUCUACAGCUGACGCCGUCUUCACAAAGCCUGCUCAAGUCCCAGCAGAUCAUCAUAAGCAGUUCAAACGCACAAAAUGUCAUUCUACCUAAAUUUACCAUAAAAGCUGAAAGUACAGUAACAAAUACCGGAACAUUUGUUACUACUACUACCUCGCCUAAUAGUUCGACUAAAGCCAAUAACACUUAUGGUUUACCACUGACGCCGCCUUCUUCGCUCUCUAGCGACGGUUCUGAGGGUAAUCUUACACCAGAACACAUGCUAUCGCCGCAAUCACCCACCGCGACCAAUACUAGUGCCACCGCUACAAUGAAUAGAACAACACCGGCAGUAACACAAACGAUCAGUAACGGUGUUUUAACAGUAACUGCAAUAAGGCGUGGCACCAAUAGUAGUGCAUCCUCAACUACCUCCAAUUCCAGCAACAGCCUAACCAAUAUGGGACGUCAUAAUAGCGGUGGUACAACGCGCCAGCCAAUACAUACGCCACUAAUCAGUUCACAGCCGAAGGGUUCUACUGGCACCUUAAUUUUAACAGAAGAGGAAAAACGUACUCUAUUGGCCGAAGGUUAUCCCAUACCGCAAAAAUUACCUUUAACCAAAGCCGAAGAAAAGUCCUUGAAGAAAAUACGUAGAAAAAUCAAAAAUAAGAUAUCCGCCCAAGAGAGUAGGCGUAAGAAAAAAGAAUACAUGGAUCAAUUGGAGCGCAAAGUAGAAAUAUUAGUUAACGAGAACAACGAUUACAAGAAACGAGUCCAAACCUUGGAAGAUUCUAAUGCCAGCCUACUUAGUCAAUUGCACAAAUUACAGGCCCUAGUAAGCAAGCAGAACCUUAAAAAAUCUUAAAUCUUUCUUUUAAAAUCAAUUCAAAAAAUUGACUUUUGUUUUGAAUAAUUUGCAAAAAAA